AUGGUCCAGCCCCGCGGAUGGUACAAGCAUUCUCCCGCACCCAAGCACCACAUGCUUGAGCUCAAGAUCGCUUUGCCUCAGCCCAAGUUCCCAGAGCUCGAGCAGCACCUCUGGGAAGUGAGCGACCCCAGCCACCCGCGCUACGGGGCGCACUUGUCGAAGCAGGAAACAGACGCUCUUACGGCUCCCCAUCCCGAGACCUUGGACAUUGCGGAAGAAAGUCUCAUUCGUUCAUCUGCAAAAGAUUGGGUCACUAUUCGUGUUCCAGUCGGCCUCGCCGAAGAGAUGCUGGAUACCACCUACCAUGUCUACAAGCACGCUGAGUCCGGAGACAACAUCGUCCGGACCACGAGCUACAGUCUCCCUGAGAUAUUGCAUGACCACGUCGAUCUCAUCCAGCCUACGACUAUGUUCGCUCGGUUCAAGGCUUUUAAGAGCACGCUGCACUGGGCUAACCAGGUGCCUGCGGUCUCGAACUCAUCUAGCGGAACGAUCACAGGGCCUGCAGGCAACCAGGUUGACGCAAGUUGCAACAGCACGGUCACGGUUUCAUGCUUGAGGCAGUUAUAUAACGCGGUGGAUUACAACACGUCUGCCACGAACGGCAACGAGCUGGGUCUCACUGGUUAUCUUGAGCAGUAUGCCAAUAACAUGGAUCUCCAGCAAUUCUACCAGCUCGAAAACCCAUCUGCUUACGGUUCAAACUAUACUUUUGUUUCCGUUAAUGGUGGAAUGAACAACCAGAGCUAUGCGGCGGCAGGUAUCGAGGCUAAUCUUGACACUCAGUUUGGCUUUGGACUCACCUGGCCCACUCCUGGAACGUUCUACUCCACUGGGGGCGAGCCCCCUUUCAUUCCAGAUAUGGUGACGCCGACUGAUUCAAACGAGCCUUACUCAUACUGGCUCGACUAUGUUCUUUCUCAGCUUACGCUUCCUCAGGCGAUCUCUACCAGUUACGGUGACGAUGAACAGACUGUCCCGUACACUUAUGCGACUCGUGUCUGUGCCGGUAUGGCAGUUCUCGGUGCUCGUGGUGUCUCUGUCAUGUUCUCUUCUGGUGAUGGUGGUGUUGGUGAUGGUGAUGCCAACCCCGCCACACAAUUAUGCUACUCCAAUGACGGGCGCAACGUCACGAAGUUCCUGCCUGCUUUCCCUGCUUCCUGCCCAUAUGUGACUACUGUUGGUGGUACUGUCAAUAUCCCAGAGACUGCCGUAUUCUUCUCGGGUGGUGGUUUCAGCAACUAUUUCCUUCGUCCUGCAUACCAGGAAGCUGCCGUCUCAGAGUACCUGGCAAAACUCGCUCCCGGCACCUAUGAGGGGCUCUACAACCCCUACGGACGUGCUUAUCCCGAUGUGGCUGCGCAAGGGCUGAACUUCCUUAUCGUCUACCAGGGCCAGACAGGACACGUUGGCGGCACAUCCUGUUCUUCACCCACAUUCACCUCGUUCGUUUCCAUGCUGAAUGACGCACGCAUCAGUGAUGGCAAAACCCCUCUCGGCUUCCUCAACCCUUUCUUGUACUCAAACGGUUACACUGCGCUGAAUGAUAUCACCGCGGGCAACAACCCAGGAUGUGGAACUGAGGGCUUCAAUGCCACUAUUGGAUGGGAUCCUGUACCUGCAGUUACUGGCUUUGGGACACCCAAUUUCGAGAAGUUGAAGGCACUGGUAUUGAGCAUGCCCUAA